CAUUGGUUUCCGUAGAGGUAACUCGCAAUUUAAUUUUUUAAACAUUUUUUUAACCAAAUAAUUUCCAUUCCUUUCUAUGUGUUCUUUGCACAUCUGUUUUUUUUUUUUCAUGUUGGGUUCGAUGCGCGAAGCCCGCGGCCAUAUCUGAAAAUGUGGUGGAGGGCUCACGAAGGGGUGUCUGUACGGUUUUCUCGUCAAACUUCUUCAUUUUUUUGUAUAUAGAAACCAUUGAAGUAAAGUCAAAAAAGAAAGAUAGAAAUUGCACUGAAAAUGGAGUACAUUUUUUUAUGUGGUGUGUGUUGCAGUGUUUUUUGGAAACCUCGGCGCCCUCUUCUUAGCGCUCGGCUUCCGCCAACUGUCAAGCCAAAUGCACCGUGAGAUGGUACGGCGUGUGCUCGGCAGUCCGGUCGGUUUUUUCGACGCAACGCCACGAGGCCGUGUGCUCAAUCGUUUCUCUACUGAUCUGGACCAUGUCGAUACACGCCUCUAUAUGGCCACGAAGCAGGUGAUGCAGACGCUUCCGGUGGCAGUUGCCAAGAUUGCCGUGACGGGACUUCAGUCAUUGGCAGCAGGCCUUCUGGGAGGCUUGGCAGUAGCAAUUUUCAUUUUGCUCCUGGGUUAUCUGGCCAAGGCAUCCAAUGCAGCGAGACGCAUUGAAAGCGUGGAGUACUCUCGCCUUCUUCAGCACAUGACAGAGACUUGUGAUUCAAUGGCUGUUGUUCGCUCGUACGGAGUGCAAGAACGCUUUUGUGUUCACGGUUACCGGCUCAUCGACGCAACGAUGCGCGCAAUGUCAGCGUACAUUGACAUUAUGCGGACCGUGAGAUUCUCUGGAGGCCUGUGUGGACUGGUGGUCAUCCUGGCAACGCUCGCCUUCGUCACGUUCACAGAGAGGUCGAGCACGAGUGCAGCAUACGACGCUAGCAGCAUUGGACUCGCGCUUAGUUCCUCCAUGGGGUUGCGUGACGUUGUGAUAAAGCCACAGUCUAUCACACACCUUGUAGCUGUGGUCGCGCUCACGGUCGACGAAUUCUCUCUUGAGCCGUCCAUCGGCACCCUCCGUGAGAGCAAUCUCUCUUCAUCAACGUUUGUGCUGGGCCUCCUACUCUGA